GGAACGUCACUUCCUGUGGAGGGAACGUAACCCGGAAAAGGGUGUUGGCCGAAGAAGAAGAAACCGAGCCAGAACCAGAACCGGGUUGAGACAUCGUUCGGCUGAAACUCCACUAAACUUAUCGAGUCUCACGGACGCAUUUUAUUAACUUUUUUUUUUACAUCAGAAAGCGAAAAGUUCCGUUAGCCGCUAAUAGCUAACUGUGAGGUGAGACUCGAACUCUGGUGAAGUUUCUGAAGACAGGAGAAGAUGAGUGGAGGGAUGAACAGCAUCGAUGCGGUGAAGAAGAAGAUUAAAGUGCUGCAGGAGCAGGCAGAGGAGGCGGAGGAGAGAGCUGAGCGGCUGCAGAGGGAGGUGGAGAAGGAAAAGAGAACCAGGGAGGAGGCGGAGGCAGAGUCAGCAGCUUUGAAUCGGCGCCUUCAGCUCAGCGAGGAUAAUCUAGACCGGGCUCAGGAGAGACUGGCCACUGCCCUGCACAAACUGGAUGAGGUGGAAAAGGCUGCUGAUGAGAGCGAGAGAGGGAUGAAGGUGAUCGAAAACAGAGCUCUCAAGGACGAGGAAAAGAUGGAGCUGCUGGAAGUGCACCUGAGGGAGGCCAAACUGAUUGCAGAGGAGGCGGAUCGUAAAUACGAAGAGGUGGCUCGUAAACUGGUGAUGGUUGAAGGAGAGCUGGAAAGAGCUGAAGAGCGAGCAGAGCAAGCUGACAGCAAGUGUCGGCUGAUGGAGGAGGAGCUGAAAACCGUGUUCGCCAGCGCCAAGAGUCUGGAGGCACAGGCUGAGAAGUACUCUCACAAGGAGGACCGCUAUGAGGAGGAGAUCAAGAACCUGAGCAACAAACUCAAGGAGGCGGAGACCAGAGCUGAGUUUGCUGAGCGUUCAGUGGCCAAACUGGAAAAAACUGUGGAUGAGCUGGAAGACGCUCUGGCUGCAGCCAAAACCGCCAACAUGGAGCUUCAGGCGACUCUGAAUCAGACCAUGGAUGAGCUCAACUCCUGCUGAAGCUCCUCCCACUGCAUCACCUGGCAGGACGCCUCAGAAGCUGUGCUGCUUAACCUCUUGCUAAAUCUCGCCCUAGUCUUCCCACUCUUCUAGGGGAUAGGAGGGGGUGUGGCCUCCUCACAUCUCCCUCUGGAUAAUUCCUGAUGUCACACAUUCCUCGUCUUUGAUGCCACAUUUAAACUCUGCUUUAUUUUAUUUGUCCCCCCCUUUUCUACCCUUCAUUACAGGAGGUGACGAUGACUAACGGGGUUCCCCUCAUUUAUAACUAACGACUAAUUCAGUGUUUCUCCUUAAUCACUCAUUUACUUUAACUGAUUAGAGCCAAUGUUCUCAGCCAAUUAUGUUUAUUUUUCAUGCUUAAAUGUAUGAUCAGCCAAUCAUAGUGAGGCAUUCCACUGCCAAAAAGGCUAGGGGCCAACCAGAAAUGCCCGUCAUGAUGAUGUAAUGGACUAAAUGUUUGUCCUGGUGAUGAGGUCUUUGCUGGGAUAUUGUCACUUUAAACACAGUGAAACAGAAUUUUGUAAAAUAAAAGCACCGUAUGUUGACCCAAAA